AUGUCCGGGGCCGACAAAUCGUUCUCAUACGCGGAAUAUCUGCACCCAGACGAUGCGCAUCUGGACGAUCCGUUUGAUCCCCAGCCCACGGACGGAGAUGGUUUAGAAUUCCAUACGGACGAGGAUAUGUCUGCAGGCGAUCAAGGCAUGUCCGUGGAAGAGGGGCUUGCUCACCAAAUGUCUCCACCGCAUCCAGAAACUCCCAGCGUGGCUUUUGAAGACCUAGACAAACUAUUCGACGACCAUGACCAAGAGAUACGAGCGAAAAUAGAGGGAGCGGAUGGUGCUACAACAACCGAUGGUCCAUCCGACAAUCUACAACAGGCCUCUUCGACUAAUGACACCGUCUACGAUUCUGCUUCGAAAAUUCAGGCUUUCACUGAUGAUGCACCGAGAAACACUGCGCCAAAGUCAGUCUUAUCCAAGAUCUCCCGUUCAAGAGAGAUCGAGUCAGCAGAUAGAAUAUCAAGCCCAAUGAGUUCAAGCAACGCCGCUCGAACUGAGGAGGCCACCGGCGCUGAGACUCCUGACAACGAGACAUCUCCUGGCGAGACCACCGACAUUGAAAUGUCCGACAUCGUUACUCCAGCCUCUUCGAGCUACAGCAUCUUGGACGAUGAUAUCAUUGACGAGUCUCCUUCGAAAGACGCAAAGUCGGACAGAAGGGAAGGGGGCAGAAUACGGAAGUGCCCUUGUUUGAGAUGCCAUGGUCAAGGCAAGCCGAAAACCAGAGAGACCAUACGAGCACAUCUAUCAGCCGACAAGAUUGAGAGACACAACAUGCUAGAAAAGCCACUGGGCGAAUGCAGAAGAUGCCGAGGGAUUGAUAGGCGCAAAUGCUAUCAAUGGCCAGAGAAUUACAAGGCUUGCUCAGAGUGCACUCGGUACAAGGAGUUAUGUUCAUGGGAGUAA